UCGAAAUAGAUAUAUACUCCAUGCCUUUUAGUGAUAAUAUUGGUAAUGUCAUAACUCCUAUACUUUAAUCAUAUAUUGCUUACUUAGAAUCUUCAUUGACAUCACAGUAGAGAAAUCUUUUUAUUUUCAUUUUUUUUAUGUAUGAGCUUCCUUACCAAAAAUAAAUACAGAAGCACCGAUGACAAGGAGAUUGCCAAUUCCACUAGUUUCAUCUGCCAAGAAUGCGGCUGCACAUCCCAACCCACCACCUGCUAUUGUUCCGAUUCCACGAUUCAAUCCUUUGCUGAGUGUGGCACCUGGCAUAAAUAUUAGAAUUAUGGGAAAUUGUGCAUGGUGCAUAUUAAGAAACAAAAUUAGCUUAAGAAAAUAAAUAACAAAGAAGAUAUUUCCCGAAACAACACUUUGAGUAGCUUCUGUAUGGAUAAAUACCUGCGAAGAAUUCAAAGAUCACUACCACAGUCAUGAUAGCCCACAUAGCAUUGUCACCAAAUUGCUUAUACAGUGGAUCAAGUAGGUAGAGAAGUGAAACCAAUACCAAAGCAAAUCCAACCUUGACACUAUGAAAGACUUUUCUCUUGUCUUGCUUUCUUUUUGGUACUAUAAGGGAAGUAACAGAUAGGAGAAACUUUUUUGAUUUAAGAGUAGCCUGGCCUUCAUCAGAAAUGGUUAUUACUGUUGCACUCAUGAUUGUUCUUUCAACUCACUUCUCUCUUUCCUUGAACAGAAUAAAACUUUAAUUUGCAGGAACUUGAGUUGGAGAGGGACUUAUUAUAUAUACUGAAGCUUCAUAGAGGUAGAAAGUGGGGGAGAUAAGUGCACAUACCCAAAAAGCUUGCAAGCACCUCAACUAAUCCUCCUGGGUUCUAGCAGUCGCUGUUAUGAAUCUAGAUGCUUUCGGUGAGAAUUGAAUGGUUAGGCCACUUCAAAUUUCUUUUUCAUUUGAGAGGUGGAUGUGUAACUAACUUACAAGUCAACCUUAAGCAUGCAUCAUUUUUUGUGAAAAAGACAAGGCAUAACGUGACUAUACAUUCCAAGUUCCAAGUAGCAAAAGCUUUAAUCUUCUUAGAAGUGCUGAGUGCUCACUUAGUAAAAGCAAAAAGGAGAGGAAAAGUUGGAAAUAAUAUUAUCAUACCUUAUAGAGUGAUGACAGCAUAUUAUCACACACGUUCCAUACGCGCAACUAUUGGUGGGGGAAGAAUUCAGGUGAUAGUGCUUCUCUGUGUGUGAACCAAACUGCUGCGAGGUGUUUGGAAGCCAUGAGCUGAACCUUUAUGAUUUAGUCCUAUUAGCUCUGGGUUUUGUGCUUUGUUUACUGUUUAUGAAUGGAUUAGUUUAACAUAUAGAUAUUUGGGGUAGUGGAUUGGCUUUACCAAAUUUGUUUGAUUAGUAAGUACUUGUCUUUUUUGACUAUAGAGUUGGCUUAUGCUACUUAUUUUCAUAUUAUGUUUUCAUCAUCAGUUUUUGCUCCCAUUGGAGCACUUUGUUUAUUGGCACAAUUAGGUUAUACUUUUUGAAAUCUGU